ACUCAAUCCAGAUUGAUGCUGCUGGAGUCGAUUUUAAUUUUUUUCAUCCUGCUGGCUGUUUUGUCUUAUCUGAAGUUUCACAACUCUCAGAAACAAAGCCCUUUUUCUACAAGAUGGUGGCUCUGGCUGUUGCUAACUGGGGUCUCCUGUUCUUGUGCUGUUGGGGUGAAAUACAUGGGCCUCUUCACUUACCUCCUCCUUCUGACCCUGGCAGGGGUCCAUUCCUGGCAGCUGGUUGGUGAUCGCUCCUUGUCCAACGUCUCCCUGCUGUGGCACUUCAUAGCCCGAGGAGUAGCUCUUCUGAUCAUCCCUGUCACUCUCUACCUCUCCUUUUUCUACAUCCACCUGGUUUUGCUGUACCGGUCUGGGCCUCACGACCAAAUCAUGAGCAGCGCUUUCCAAGCUAGCUUAGAGGGAGGGCUUUCGCGCAUCACUCAGGGGCAGCCCUUGGAAGUGGCUUAUGGUUCCCAGAUUACUUUGAGGAAUACCUUAGGCAAACCCUUGCCGUGUUGGCUUCAUUCUCACCGGAAUACCUACCCCAUCAGGUAUGAAAAUGGGCGGGGAAGUUCCCACCAACAGCAGGUGACCUGCUAUCCUUUUAAGGAUGUGAACAACUGGUGGAUCGUGAAGGAUCCUGGAAGGCAGCAGCUGGUAGCUAGCAACCCACCACGACCUGUGCGACACAGCAACAUUGUGCAACUGGUCCAUGGAAUCACCACCCGUUACCUUAACACGCACGAUGUGGCUGCGCCCCUCAGCCCACACUCCCAAGAGAUAUCCUGUUACAUCGAUUACAACAUCUCCAUGCCCGCUCAGAAUCUCUGGAGAGUGGAAAUUAUGAAUCGCGACUCGGAUAAUGACAUUUGGAAAACGAUCCUGUCCGAAGUCAGACUGGUCCACGUCAACACGUCGGCCGUGUUAAAGCUCAGUGGAGCCUCCCUCCCGGAGUGGGGGUACCGACAACUGGAGGUGAUUGGUGAGAAGAUCUCCAAGGGGUACCAUCAAAGCAUGCUGUGGAACGUGGAGGAACACCGAUAUGGAAAAAGCCAUGAACAGAAAGAGAGAGAGGUAGAACUGCACCUGCCUACUCAGAUCAACAUCAGCCAGAACCUCACCUUCGUUGCCAAGUUCACCGAACUGCAGUGGAAGAUCCUUACCCUGAAGAACGAGGACACGGAACAUAAAUAUAGCUCAUCCCCGUUGGAUUGGAUCACCCUGGAGACCAACAUUGCUUACUGGUUCCAUUCCAGCUCAGGGGCUCAAAUUCACCUCCUGGGCAACGUGGUCAGCUGGACAUCGGCCAACGUAGCCACCGUCGUCUACCUGGUUUUGUUCCUGGGGUACCUGCUACGUCGACAGCGGAAUAUCCAGGAUAUCCCCAACGAGACCUGGCAGCAGUGGCUCCUGGCCGGAGGGGUCUGCGUGGGCGGGUGGGCUGUGAACUACCUGCCUUUCUUCCUGAUGGAGAAGACCCUCUUCCUUUACCACUAUCUGCCGGCCGUCACUUUCCAAAUACUCCUGAUUCCCGUCGUUCUGCAGCACACGAACGACUUCCUCUGCAGGUCCAGGCUUUCCAAGAGCAUGCACAGUGCUUUAGUAGCAGCCUGGUUAUCGUCCGUCUACCUUACGUACCACACGUUCCGGCCCCUCACCUACGGCAAGCCGGCCCUCUCCAAAGCCGAGUUACAAGCUCUGCGCUGGAAGGAUAGCUGGGACAUUUUGAUCCGCAAACGCUGAGCGACGCCAAGAAACGGACGAGGGGGCCGGUUUUUGCGACUGGAUAACGAAGAAAAGGA